CUGUUCUUUAAAACAGGAAACUGGUUUCUGCAGAAAGGGGUGUUUCGUUUCGUCGAGACAGCGUGUACGCAGAAGCUGUUUUUCUGAUGCUCACGAGCUAUGUGGGUUGGUCUUGCGGUUCCUGAGGAUUUUCGUGCCCCCGAAGGUCUUACAAGUUGGUGAGGGAAAGACUCGAGCUGUGCCAAGUCCAAGUGCUAUAUUUGAGAAAAGAGAUAAACUCUUAGAGCUAAGCGUGCAGUACGUAUUUCGAGUGCGUGAAACACGAUGGGUUUGAACGUGGAUUCAUCGUUACCAACGGAAUUACCGUAAAAUGGUAGUGUUUUCCGACACUGUAUGGUGCUUUGUUGAAAGAAAAGAAGUGAGUGGUUGUGCAUACAAAAAGUGCAUCGAACGGAUAGUCUCACCAGAGGUCAACCUGUGCAGAACGACUUGCCAAAGAUGCAAGAGAGAGAAUGUCCAUUGGACACGCCAUUGGACACCAUCUCUCUCGACUCUGGAGAGGAGGACAACGACGACCGAGAGGAAGGCAAAGCGAGGCUCUGCUCUCGCCGUCUCACAUUUUUACUAACCUGCCUGGCACCUUCAGCUGACAUCAUCAACAUAUGGAGGUACCCUUACAUCGCAUACAAACACGGAGGGGUCGUCCUAGUUCCUUGUAUCAUCCUUUUCAUUCUGAUUGGAUUUCCACUCUACUAUCUGGAGCAAACAAUAGGAAGGCUACACGCUGGCAAGAAAGGAGGAGGUCAAUGCUUAGGUCAUUUGGUGCCAUUUUUCAAAGGUGUUGGUUAUGCCUACUCUGCUCUGCUUGCACUUAUGUCUGUAUACUACAUGGCAGUCGUGACGUGGGUUCUUCUUUACCUGUUUUCAUCCAUGCAAGAAACUUUGCCAUGGGCGCACUGCGGGAACGGCACCGUAGUUUCUGGUUGUACUACUACGGAACCACCCCUGCAACGAACCUGUCUCCCAACUAACUUUUCUGAUGAAGUGGAGGGCAUACCGCAAGAAUGGACUAGAGCACCUAGUGAGGUCUACUUUCACUCAAUUGUAGUUCGGCUGACGACAGAAGUGCACUGGUUCGGGAACAUGUCGUGGACAAUGCUUUUGUGCUUGUUUGGCGGAUGGAUUGUCACGUAUCUGAACGUGAUAAGAGGGAAAAUUUCGUUUCGAAAGACAGCCAUCCUGCCUGCCAUUACUGUCACGCUGUUCCUGUGCGGAAUUUUUGGUUCCAUAACGAGUGAUCCAGGGUUCCAGAAUGGGCUUCAUUACUACUUCUCCUUUGACUGGAAAGCACUGAGGAAACCAGAUAUGUGGAACGACGCUGCAGCUCAGGUAGCGUUAAGUCUGGGCACUGGCACUAGCCUUCUGCAGCUUCUAGGACGCCGCGGUAGCAAAUAUCGUGGGCUGGUGCACGACGCAGUGAUUGUGGUCCUGGUCAACAUCGUUGUGUCAUUCUUCAGCGGAGUAGUCGUGUUUUCCUGUCUCGGCGCAGUGGCAAAGAAAAUCAAUCGACCCUGUAUCAAGUUCCUCGAGGAAGGUUUUGGGACGCUGUUCUCCGUGAUACCAGCGGCACUCGCGAACCUUCCUGGAUCUGUAGUGUGCUCUAUCCUGUUCUUCUCCCUCUUCGCCCUCCUCUGUCUCGGGCGCAUGGAACAGAUGGUGCUGACGCUCCUCAUGUGUCUCUUGGACAAAGUCUCAAGCAACCGUUUGCGUAAACGUUACUGCUUUUUCGUCCUUGGUGUAUGUGGUGCCCUCUUCGCUGUCGGUUCUAUCUUCACAACGUCGGCAGGGAUACAUGUACUUGCGGUCAUGGACACAUACGUGUUUUCGUGGGGCGCGUUUCUUCUUGGCUUCCUAGAAUGCAUCGUCGUUACAUGGUUAUACGGGUUUAAGCAAUUUGCUGAAGACUGUGAUACUAUACUACAACAAACAUUAGGAAGCGGCUGGAUGGUCAUCUGGUCUUUUAUUACACCAGGAACCAUACUGGUCGUCUCCAUCUUCACCGCCAUGGGCAGUGGGGACAUCACAUCAGGGCUGUUCAAUAAAUGCUACUGGGGCCCCAUUCUUGGAUGGACUUUGUUCACCAUCACAGUGAUAUACAUUCCAGGGUACAUGCUCUACAAAAUCUGUUCCAUCUGCUGCAACAGCGAGGAGGCUUGUAUAGACUUGAAGAAACAGUUACAACCAAUUCCGAUCUGCACAAGUGUCAUGAAGGCUGACAAGCACACAAAAGAUGGCAAGGAAUUGACACCAGCUCCUCGAAUCCUAGUGAUACGGAAAGACGACAACCGUGAACAAGGGCAGGUCUACAUUCCAUAUGGUUUCGUCGUCUGUCCCGAGAGAAGUCCGAAGUCAACACGAACGGGCCACAACAAACUGGUGUUCUCCUCGUUCCCUGAUGUGGACCAGUCGUACAGCUUGACGGACAGCAACGUCACCAAAUUGAUGCCUCCACCACGCUGCGAUGAGAUCUUCUUUUACACGCCACAAAUGUCUAAACUGCGGCGAAAACUUCGAAGUUCAUCCGCGGAACAGCUGCCACAAACUCCGUCCAGCUCAUCUUCGGUGUUACCCGAAAUGCCUGCAUCAGACACAGCUAGUCCUAUAAUGGUGAAAGAGAGAAGCGAGAGCUCCAAUGGCAAGUCGACGCCAUCGAACGAAGAAUCGUCAAGUGGGGACAAUCGUAUCGUGCUGUCACCUACCAGAUUAUCGAGGCUAUCUCGCCAAGACAGCGACGAACCGAAGCUUGUGCAUGCCAAGGUUCUUACGUGGCAGGACGCAGACAAAUGUGGUGAUCGCCCAAUGUCCCCUGUGAGAACAUCUAAUGUCUAGUUCCCUGUGCUAGUGGAAGCUAGGCCCGGAAGUGAGGCCCGUCCUGACGGAAAAGUCCUUGGGGUGUGUUCGUGUACAUAUUGUGUGACGUACUCUUAGUUGAUUGCGAAUGCAAACAAAGUACAAAGUGACUGGACUGAAGACUUUUAGACUUCGCGCGCUUUUCUUUUGCUAUGAAUUUUAAUGUGCUCAGCAAUCGGCAAGGGACGUCUAUACCGAAUACUGUUCAUCACGUGUGCUGUAGAGAGAUGCUGGAUUUUAUCGUUCUACGUUACCCUUAUCGAUGCUAUCAUUUUGCAGUGUAUUAUUCACAUAUUCAACGCUUCUGGGAUGGCACUCAUAUAGGAAGCAUUUUAUUUUUGUCCCACUUACAAAGGUCCCUUAGGCCAUACAUCUUGGUGCCAUAGUCCAGCGACAUCUGCUAAGAAACUUCAGACGGCGAUCACCCAUUCAUUUAUCGCACAUGAUCGUUUAUUGCAUUAAUCAUAUUAAUAAAGCCUGUGAAGUAUC